GGAGAGCAAAGUAAGCACAUAUGGAGCUCUGAUUUUUAUUAAACAUCUGCGCUUUUCUACAGUGUGACUAAAAUCUGCAUUUUCCUUUGUUUUUUCCAGUUGUACAUGGCCUCCGUGCUUUGGUCAGACCAGAAUGAGAUUAUAGUUUACAGGUCUUUAAAGGAUUUCGAGAAAAUGCAUAAACGAUUGAAGAAAGCAUUCCCAGGCUCGAAAAAAUCCGACAGGAUCAUCCCCAAAUUUCAAGAAAAAAUGGUGAAACUGUGCUGCCCGAAGAAGGGUCCCCUCAAGUCAGUAAAGUGCCUCAAGUUCUUGCAGAAAUACUGUAAUGAGCUCCUGAGCUGCGACCCGAGGGUCUCUCAGCAUGCAGACCUCUUCCAGUUCCUCCACCCCAACGACCAAGACCUGGAGCCGGAGUUCACCAAGAACAGCAUCAUGAUCAUGCCGACAGACAAUGAAAUCAGGAAUGCAGUACAGGGAGGUGGCGGUAUAGUGACCCAGCCCUUCGUCACGGAGACGUACAGAUGCGUGGCCCUGUACGAAACCAAGGACACCAAGAAUAAACCGUUCAAAGUGGCGUUGGACGAAAAAGUAGAAGUUCUCAUCAAAGACAAAGCAGGGUGGUGGCUCGUGGAGAAUGAAGACAAAAGGAUAGCCUGGUUCCCUGCCCCCUAUCUGGAGAAACUACAUGAGGAUGAUGAUGAGGAGGAUGAAGAUGAAAAAGAUGGGGCUUCUGAAAGAGGGGGUUAA